AUGGUCCUGGCUGAUGCUCCCUUGGACAACAUGACGAGAGCCAAAGGGAGCGCGGCCACGGCGCCUAAGAUCAAGGGCUCCUGGAGCCUGCAUCAAAUCCUCGGGCAAAAUGUUGACUUUUUCGUCCUCCUCUCCUCCGUCUCCGGCACUAUCGGGAACAGCGCGCAGUCCAACUACAGUGCUGGUAAUACCUUCGAUGAUUCCCUUGCCGCCCACCGACGAAGCUUGGGUCUUCCUGCCAUUAGCUUAAACCUCCGUCAUGUCGGGAGGCCGACACUGUAG